GGUGGAGUUGUCAAGUUUGUUGUCCACUGUUUAAUUUAACCUGCAUACGUGUCUCAUAAUUUUAAACAUAUUCUUCAAGAAGUUCUGUGAAAAUGGCACCGAAAGUAAACGUAAAAGAAAGAUUUAAUGAUGGUGAAGUGGAUCUUAGCAUGUCCGAUUUAAGUGAAGUUCCGGUAAAAGAAAUUUUGAGCUUAAAACCAGUUCACAGUUUAGACUUAUCUAACAAUACUUUAACUGUGUUACCUAAAAAUUUUACUUCAUUAACACAUUUAACAAUAUUGGAUUUGAGUAAAAACGAUCUUAAAGAGUUGCCAGAAGAUUUUGGUAAUUUGAUAAAAUUGAGACAUUUGGAUUUAUACAGAAAUCAAUUGCAGCAUCUGCCAUUAAGUUUUAGCAAGCUUAAAAAUCUUAAAUGGCUUGAUUUAAAAGAUAAUCCUUUAGUUCCUGCUGUAGCUAAGGUAGCAGGUUUGUGUAUUAAUACAAAAGAAUGUCAGAACUGUGCAAAGAAUAUUGUAGCCUUUUUCAACAAAUUAGAGAACCAAGUAUCAGCUGAUCUGGAAAUGAGAAACAAAGAUCGACAGAAACAAUUGGAGUUCAAUCAAAAAAAGAAACAAGAAGAGAAGAAUAUUAAGAAGAAAGAAAAACAGAAAGAAAAAAAAUCCAAUGUGAAAGUUGUUGAACCUACUAAGCAGAAUCAAAAAGUAAGCAAUAAGGGAAAAAACAAGAAGGUCAAAGAGGAAGAUUCUAUUGUUGGCUCAAUUUUAUCCAGCAUAUUGGGCUGGGCAGUUCUUAUGUUUGUACUUUAUGUAGGUUUUAUUUUUUACAAAGUGUAUGGUUCUAAAAAUGUUUUAGAUUCAGCUAGGGAUGUUUUUAUUAAAGAUUUAAAUAAACUUUAUGAUGAUGCUCCUAUUUGGUGGUUAUCAUCAAAAGAAUAUCUACAAAAUUUGUACAAAAACAUUACAACUAGAUAGUAUUUUUAAUUUGUUAAAUUAGGGCAUAUUAUUAUCAUUAAUAUAUACAUAUUUCAUUUAAAGAUAACUGUACAAUACAGAUAUUUAAGUGUAUAGUUCUAAAAUGUGUUUGUAAUAAAACCCCAAAAAUAGACAGUAUCAUUCCUUUUGUGGUGUCUAAAAUAAUAUGCAAUGUAUUAAAUUUUGUAUACAUGUAAUUUAUAUUUGUGUAUGUAAAUAAAUAUAUUUUGAAUUA